AUGUUUACAGAAGAAAAAUUAAAUAAAUGGAGACUUUUAUUAAUUCUUAGUUGUUUAAUUGGUAUAAUAGCGCCAACAUUAAUUAUUACAGCAUUUGCUUUAUUUGAUCCAUCAAUUAUUAUAGUUAAAAUAUCGAUAUUACAAACCUAUAAUUUAAAUGUUAGGAGAUGGGAAACAACAUAUAAAAAAGAUUUUGCAUCACACAAGUUUUAUUUAUAUAUGAAUGAAUCGGUUGGAUUCGAUACAAUUUUUGAUAGCAGCAGCAGCAUUGGUAAUAGUUCAAAUAGUAGCAGCAGUUCAGAAAACAGUGAGGUAAUAAUAGAUGAUAGCAGUGUCAUCAGCAGUAGUUUUGACAGCGAUAGUAUGGAUGAUAGUUUAUCAAGUGGUGAAAAUUCAUUUCAUGCACCUUUUAUACAAACAAAUAUAGCGGAACAUGUUUCAUAUCCAACUACAGAAAUGAUUCAAUUGUAUACACCAUUGGUAUUUGGUGUUAAUACUUCAAAUUUUUUACCAAAUAAGUUAAAACUAAAUCCUAAAAAUUUUCACCCCUAUAAUGUUACCCUUUAUUUAUUUGUUAGAAAACCUUCAGCAAAUCACCUUACUUUUGUGUCAACAUUAUCUUUUCCAUUAUUUAAAAAACUACCCAAACCCAACGAUGAUGUUAAAACUACACACAGUACCCUCCAUAAUUAUACUUCAAAUGGAGCUCAAAGCACAGGUAAUAGCAAACCAAACAUCGAAACAGAAGGAGAUAGAAAUGAUUCAUUAGUAAAUAAUAAUUCAAUAUUAGAAGAACAUUUUAAAAAAUCAAUUUUUCAAGUUUUUGAUAAUGCCUGUUUCGUUUAUAAAGAUUCGGUGUUAUUGGCAGAACCUUGUAAAUAUAAAUCAAGCGUUUAUAACUAUACAAAUAUAAAACAUUUUAAUGAAACUUUGUAUUUUAAUUCGACCAACAUUAGAAUAAAAUCGUAUAGAGAUCCUUAUAUAUUGGCAGGAAAUCUAACAGAGGGAUCAUACACAUUUGCAAUGAGCAAAGAAACUCAAAGACAUUUGGGUGUAGCAUUUUUAAUAUCCGGGUGUGUAGCAUUUUUAUUGUUUUUAGUAAUAGUCUGGAUUGUUGUAAAAAUGAAACGUUAUCAAACUAGUUUAGAUAAAAUUGAUGAUAUAAAUACAAAUCAAUUUGAAAUGGAGGAAUAUGGUCAUAGUCCAAAUAAUAGCAAUAAUAAUGAAAAUAGUCCAAAUAAUAACAAUAACAACAAUAGUAAUAACCAUGGUAUAAAUGGUGCUAUAGUUAAUAGAAAUAGAAAUGGCCAUUAUCAAUCACAACAUUAUAAUAGAAAUACUAUUGAAAAUAUUACAAGCAGUCGUAGCAGCACACAUAGUGGUGUUGGAGGUGGUAGCGAUACUCAUAGCAUUCAUUCAGAUAAUAGAAGUCGUCAUAGUGGUAAUAAUCGUCAUAUUCAUCUUCACCAUCAACAUCAUCACUAUACCGAUAAUGAUGGUGAUGACCUACCAAAUUUCUACAGCGAUAAUAUUGAAAGCAGUAGUCAUAUCCAAAAUUUAAAUAGCAGUGGUAUUAAUAUUGGCCAUAGUAAUAAUCUAAACCAAAAUCAACAAUUGUAUCCACCUAGAUAUAGCAAUAGUCACAGCCAUGGUCAACCAACAUCAUCAUCAUAUGGUGACGAUGAUUCAUCACCAUCCCCAUCAGUGCCAUUACACCAACAUUAUCAUCAUCAUCACCACCACUACCAUUUAGGUGGAAGUAUAGGAAGUAACCAAAACCUUAGCUACGAUGAUGAACACGACUUAAUUAGUGCCGAGGAUGAACAAAGAUUUCAACAAAACCUAAAUGUUUUUAACUUUAUAAGAAGAGAAAGAAAUAACUCACAAUCAAUAAAUAGUAUAACAAUGGACAAUGAUAGUAACUCUAUAAUAUCACAUAGUAGAUCAACCAAUCAAGCAAAUAGAAAUAAUCAAAAUAGUAAUAAUACAAAUAAUACAAACAAUACAAAUAAUAAUCAUAGUAAUAAUAACACUAAUAAUAAUAUCGAUAGUAAUAAUAAUCAUAGUAAUAAUAAUAAUAUUAAUAAUAAUGAAUUAAGAAGCUCAUUUAGUAUUUAA